AAAGUGCUUAAAAAACCACCCCUCUCUAUCUAAUCUCCCACACUCCCAAUUAGGCUUUUGUGGUUCCUCAUCUUUUGAUUCUUCUUCACCUACUUUCGAUCCAUCAAUCACUGUAACCAUGAGUGACGCAGGAGAGAGAACUUGUCCACUUUGUGCUGAAGAGAUGGAUCUAACAGACCAGCAGCUCAAGCCUUGCAAAUGUGGCUAUGACAUCUGUGUUUGGUGCUGGCACCACAUAAUGGAUAUGUCUGAGAAAGAUAACACAGAAGGGCGAUGCCCAGCAUGUCGGACACCUUAUAACAAGGAAAAGAUUGUCGGGACAGCGUCAAAAUGUGAAAGAUUGGUUACUGGGAUGAAUAUGGAGAAAAAACAAAAGUCACAAAAGGGGAAAACUAAAACUGCUGAAGCGAGGAAGGAGCUUACUAGUGUCAGGGUUAUUCAACGUAACCUUGUAUACAUUGUGGGAUUGCCUCUGAAUUUAGCUGAUGAAGAUCUUCUGCAGCAGAAAGAAUAUUUUGGUCAAUAUGGGAAGGUGCUAAAGGUGUCAAUAUCACGGACAGCAGCUGGUGAAAUCCAGCAGUUUCCUAACAGUACUUGUAGUGUAUAUAUUACUUACUCCAAGGAGGAAGAAGCAGUUCGUAGUAUACAGUCGGCACAUGGCUUUAUCUUGGAGGGUAGACCUUUAAGGGCCUGUUUUGGGACAACAAAGUACUGUCAUGCAUGGCUGAGGAAUACGCCUUGCACCAAUGCUGAUUGUCUGUAUUUGCAUGAGUAUGGACCACAAGAAGAUAGCUUCACUAAAGAUGAAAUAGUUUCAGCAUAUACAAGGAAUAAAGUUCAGCAAAUUACUGGUGCUACAAAUGACAUGCAACGGCGUUCUGGAAAUUUUUUACCACCUCCAGUUGACGACUACUCAAAACCAAUUAGUAAAAACACCACUAAUAAUCCAGCAAACACCUUGAAAGUUUCCCCACCAAAUAGUAGUUGCGGUAGAUCAGAAGCUCUUCCUGCAGCAGCCUCAUGGGGAACUCGUGCUUCAAUUAGUCAGCCAAUUGUGGCAAACGGAGCAAGUACUACACUCCCCAAGAAGCAUUGUGAAGAAAACCACAAUUUACAAGAAAAGGGCAAUUCGGGAAAUCCGACAUCUAUUAAAAAAACCGAUGAAAGAACAACCCUAUGCAAGACACCUGUCACCACUGGACUUUCUUCUUCCUCAACCGCAACCAUCCAACUUUCAACAACUUCACUCGACAGUAAAAACACAUCAUUAGAAACCACCAACAAGAAUCAAACAUCACAAGAAUCUGAUUUAGUAUCAGAUCUGCAAAAGAAAGUAUCUCAAGUUGCAAUUAGUGAAGCCAAAGAACAAAAUCCGCCUCAUAUAAUGGACCCCGCUUCACUGGAUCAAAAUCUUGAAAAGGCUCCACAACAUCCUGUUAAUGUGUCUAAUGGAGUGUUUGAAGAUCACACUACAACUAACCUAGAUUUAGGAGAAAAUACUAUAAUAUCUAAUAUUCUAUCGAUGGACUUUGACCCGUGGGAUGAAUCAUUGACUUCACCUCAAAAUUUGGCUAAGUUUUUGGGUGAAGGCAAUAAACAGGUUUUGAGUUCAAGAAAACCGCAAAACAGCAACCAGUCAAGAUUCUCGUUUGCCCGACAGGAUGAUUGCACAGAUCAAGGAUUAAAUUAUGCACCGAGUUUAAGUGAUUUUGGACGAGGUGUUGAAUAUAAUAAUAAUAGUGUUUAUUAUGACAACAAGUUUAGUAACGGCAACGGUUUCUCUUCUUUUAGCUUUGAGAAAUCUAAUCAUUUUGCUGCUGGUUAUCCUGAAACUAAGAUUUCAGUUUCAAGAACACAAGUAUCCGCCCCACCUGGAUUUUCUGGACCUAGCAGAGCCCCACCUCCAGGCUUCACUCUUAACAACAUAUCAGCAAGUCAUAAUUACGACACCUUUAAAAAAUCACAUGAAGCAGCAGCAGCCACCGUAGGUAUCGCUGAUUUGGAUUUUAUGGAUCCCGCCAUUUUGGCAGUAGGUGGUAGAGUUCCUACGAGAUCAAACUUCCCCACACAUAUGAAUAAUACUUUUGAAAACGAUACCCGACUUCAAUUCUUGAUGCAAUCAUCGUUUUCUCACCAAAACCCUAGAUUUACUGAUAAUUAUCAGCAGACCAGUUUCCAGCAGCAAAUGAGUUCGUUAAAUGUUAACGGCCACUGGAACGGUGGAAAUGAUAGAAUGGGAUUCAACAGGUAUUAUUCGGGUCACGAGGAUGCGAAAUUCCAGCUGUCAACUUCAGGUGAUCUGUAUAACAGAACAUUUGGAAUUUGAUUUCGCUCGAUUUGGUAUUUCUAAGAUUAUUGGAAUUAGAAAGAUGUGUAAAGUGAAGCUUUGCACCCAGAAAUGGUGAGGAUUGGUUCUGGAUUAAACCCUUUGAACCAGGGCUGGAACAAACCACCAGGGGGAGCAAGUUAUGAGAUAUGGAUCCGGUUUUGAGAUUCCGGUGGUGGAUAUGCUUUUGGUAUGGGCUUGUGGUUCUCCGGACGAUUGAUUCUUGUGCUAUUUUUGGUCUCUAUAUUGUGAAAAUAAUCUGGGAUUGUAUCAUUGUAAGGAUAUACUAAUUUUCUUUUAAGUUAUUUUUUUUAUCGUUUGUGGCAUUUCCUAUAGAUCUUCAUACAACUUGUUUUGUAUUUAAGAUAUAUUUUUGUAAGUUUAAAGUUGUCGCAAAGGGUAUUGAUUAGUAUCA